AUGGUGUCUAAUGGAACUACCAACGGGCACACAAAUCAUGAGAAAUUGGCAAAUGGUAAUUCCCAUGCAAUUAAGAAUGGCACAAACGGUACAAACGGUGCUGCAAACCAUACAAAUGGUACAAACGGCACGAAUGGCCAUACAAAACCCCCCGGGAUUAACCACGAAAUGAAGAAAGGGUUUGAGGAGCAUAUUGCAAUCUGCGGCAUGGCUAUGCGCCUACCAGGAGGCAUUCAUGAUGAUGAAACCUUUUGGGAUGUUUUGAUCCAUGGCAAAGACACUAGAACACCCAUUCCCGCCAACAGAUGGAAUGUUGAAGGGUUUGGACCCAGCUUAGGGAAGAGGGGUGCUAUCAAAACUCAGCAUGCCUACUUUCUCGAAGAUGACAUUUCGUGCCUCGACGCCUCCUUCUUCACCAUGACCAAGUCAGACCUUGAGAAGGUCGAUCCACAGCAGCGACAAAUUCUCGAAGUGACUCGAGAAUGCCUCGAAAAUGCUGGAGAGGUUGAUUACCGGGGGAAACCAAUUGGGUGUUACGUGGGAACCUUUGGCGAAGAUUGGCUGCAUUCGAUCGCACGAGAACCACAAACAACAGGAUUUAGUGGAAGUGGUGACUUGAUGAUUGCAAAUCGUGUGUCAUACGAAUUUGACUUCAAGGGACCAAGCUUAGUCGUUAAAACUGGAUGCUCCGCGUCUUUGGUUGGGCUGCAUGCGGCGUGCCUCGCUUUGCAAAGUGGUGAUUGCUCUGCCGCUAUUGUUGCGGGUACCAGUUUGAUAAUGGGACCAUAUCUCACUGGCGCAAUGACACAAGUGGGUGUCCUCUCUCCCGAGGGUUCGUGUAAAACCUUUGACGCUGAUGCGGAUGGUUUUGCUCGUGCUGAAGCAAUCAAUGCCAUCUAUAUCAAGCGCCUCAGCGACGCUAUUAAAGAUGGAAACCCAAUCCGAUCAGUCAUUCGUGGUAUUCUAUCCAACAGCGAUGGUAAGAGUGCAUCACUGAUGGCCCCGAAUGGAGAGAGCCACGAAGAACUGAUGCGAAACGUCUAUGCCAAGGCAGGACUGGAUCCUCGAGACACAGGUUUUGUAGAAAGUCACGGUACGGGUACGAUAACCGGUGAUCCGAUUGAAGCCACAGCUAUUGGUAAUGUGUUUGGCGAAAGAGGUGUCUUGAUCGGGUCAGUCAAGCCCAACAUUGGCCACGCCGAGGGGGCGUCGGGACUGAACAGCGUCAUCAAGGCCGUGCUUGCCCUUGAACAUCGUACAAUCCCUCCUAAUAUAAAGUUCAACAAGCCAAAUCCUAAGAUUCCUUUCGCGGAGAAAAAACUCAUAGUUCCUGUGGUCCCCACUCCGUGGCCUGAAAAUCGUGCGGAGCGUAUUAGUGUCAAUUCUUUUGGAAUCGGAGGCACGAACGCACACGCGAUUAUCGACUCGGCAAGCGAGGUGCGGUCUCAAGUGUUGAAGUCUGCGGGCAAGACCUCGCCAGCGGGCCCCAAGCUCCUGUUGGUAUCGGCCAACACACAAGAGUCAUUGAAGAAACAAAUCGUUAAUCUAAAGAGUUACAUUGAAUCCUACCCGGAACGAAUUGAAGAUGUUGCUUAUACUCUAACUCAACGUCGCGAGCACCUGCCGCAUCGUUCUUUCUUCCUGGCUGGCGAGGACAUUUCGACCACGGACGCAGCUCCAGCUGCGAAGGCAGCUGUUAAUCCACCAGGAAUUACAAUGGUGUUCAGCGGACAAGGCGCGCAAUGGCCUGAGAUGGGUGCCAGCCUCAUAAAAAGCGAUGUCAAUUUUCGGAAGGAUAUUCAAGAGAUGGAUAAGAUCCUCCAGUCGUUCAUUCAUGCACCCUCGUGGACCAUCGAAGAGGAAUUACUCAAGUCCGCUGAAAGAUCCCAAAUCAGCAAAGCAUAUUUAGCGCAGCCGUUAUGUACCGCGAUACAAAUUGCUCUUGUCAAUUCCUUGACUCGAUGUGGCAUUCAGCCCAGUGCUGUUGUCGGGCACUCCUCCGGCGAAAUCGCUGCUGCGUAUGCUGCUGGAGCAUUGUCCUGUUCGGAAGCCAUUGCUGCAGCAUAUUACCGUGGUUAUGUAACCACACAGCAGACCCUGAGUGGAGGGAUGGCAGCAAUUGGUCUCGGCGCUGGGGAUGUUCUAGAUUUCCUGACUGACGGCGUUGUCAUUGCUUGUGAGAACAGUCCAGGCAGUACUACCAUCUCUGGAGAUUUGGACCAGGUUAGAAAAGUUGUCUCAGCUGUGAAAGAGCGGAGCCCAGAUGUGUUUGCUCGCCAAUUGAAGGUGGAGAUGGCAUAUCACUCCCAUCACAUGAAGAAUAUCCUCCUACCGUACACUACUCUCCUGCACGAAGAACUUGCUGCAAAGAAUAUGAAACAAAAUGAUCUUCGAGUUCCACUGUACUCGAGCGUGACGGGUAAAAAGAUUGUCGGGUCUUCAAUGCUCAAUCCAGAGUACUGGGGACUGAAUCUCACAUCUCCAGUCAAGUUCAGCUCAGCGCUUUCCAGAUUGUUGCAGGACCAAAGCCAUAAUAUUUUCCUGGAGAUAGGCCCCCAUUCAACGCUUGCAGGGCCACUGCGGCAGAUCUGUGCAAAUGCUGGCCUACCAUGCCCGUAUAUCCCAACAAUGCUUCGCGCGAGCGAUUCCGCCGAAAACCUCUUAUCCGCUAUGGGUUCGCUAUACCAGCAAGGAAGCCACCUCAAUCUGAAGGCUUUGAAUUCCAACGGAAAGGUCGAUGGAGGCCUGCCUGCGUAUCCUUGGGACCAUUCGCAGUCAUUCUGGUACGAGAGUCGAGUAGCGAAGGACUGGCGUUUGCGGUCAUUUGGCCAUCAUGCCAUCUUAGGCCAACGCAUCCCCGAAAGUACUGGCUUCCACCCAUCAUGGAGGGUUCUCUUGGACUUAGAAGACGAGCCUUGGCUGCUCGAUCACAAAGUAGGCGAAGAUGUGAUAUUCCCAUUUGCCGGUUAUGUUGCCAUGGCAGGGGAAGCAAUUAGACAAGUCACAGGAAUUGAAGCUGGGUAUAGCGUAAGACACGUCGUAGCUCAUACAGCCAUGGUUCUCACAGAAUCUGCUCCAGUGGAAGUUGUGACGAAUCUUACCCGCCACAAGCUCACAGACGCCGCUGACUCAGAAGCGUACAAUUUCACCAUCUCAUCAUACUCUGGAAGCACUUGGAUCAAGCAUUGUGACGGCCUUGUCAUGCCGAUGCAAAAGGAAAUCAAAAGAGCAAGCCAUAUCGAACCGCUUCAACGGCAGGUCCGGGUCGCUCGCUGGUAUGAGAUUAUGGCUCGUGUCGGUCUUGUAUAUGGUCCCGAAUUCCAAGGUAUUAAGGAGCUCACAUCAUCUGCUACGGAGUACAAGGCAGUGGCGGAGAUCGGCAACACACAGAGUCGACAAGAAGCACCAUUUCUCUUCCAUCCGGCAACCAUCGACGCCUGUCUCCAGGUAGUCUUGGCGGCUCUUGCUCAGGCAGCUGGUAGAAAUUUCACGCAGCUCUGUGUCCCUACACUCAUCGAAGAGUUGGACGUCUCGCGUAGUGCUGCCACAAUGGUAGCAGAGGCUUGGAGCUUAGAUGACAAGGUUGGUCUUGAUUGCGUCGCAGAUGGCAAAGUCGCACUUCGUCUUCGGGGUGCUCGUUUGAGUCCGCUUGAUGAAGAGAAGUCCAAUGUUGACAUUGAUCGGCACGCUGCAGCCCGUUUGGAAUGGUAUCCAGACAUUGACUUCAUGGAGAUCCCACCGCUUUUCGCUCCUCCAAUGGCCGACAAUGAUGUUAAGCGACUUUUGGAGGAACUGGCAUUGCUCUGUCUGCUCGACUCUCACGAAAGAUUGCAGGGGCUGCAUACGGAACAGCCUCAUUUCUUGCAAUUCAGGGACUGGCUUGCAAGAGAGAAGGAGCGUGCCAAGUCAGGAGAUUACCCAGUUGUUCAAAAUGCCUCUUCUUACCUCGAUCUAUCUCGUGCCCAACGCGUUCAAGGAAUGAAAGAUCGCAUGAACAUUCUACACACGAACGAGAGCAUCGGUCUUGUUGCGACAGGUAUCAUGAGAAUUUGCGAGAAUGCCGAAGGCCUCUUCACAGGUUCUGUCGACACCCUCGAUCUGCUCAUGAAAGACAAUGUGUUGACCGAAAUCUAUAACGCGGUGUCCUUCGGCUUUGGAGAUUUCAUCCACAUGCUAUCCCUCACCAAGCCUAAUCUUCGAAUUCUGGAAGUAGGUGCGGGCACUGGAGGCACGACAGAGCUCAUUCUGAGGGAUCUAGCGCGCGCUGGGGGAAACCCUGCUUACUCCACCUAUUGCUUUACGGACAUCUCUGCUGGCUUUUUUGCCCAAGCAAAAGAACGCUUCUCGUACGCCCCAAAUAUGGACUAUCAAGUGUUUGAUAUUUCCAAGGAUCCGUUUGAGCAAGGCUUCAAGGCACAGUCUUUUGAUAUCAUCCUUGCGCCAAAUGUUGUCCAUGCAACUGCAAAUUUGAACCAGACCUUGAAGAAUUUACAGCCAUUAUUACGUCCACAUGGUCAUUUGGUUCUUUCGGAAGUCUGUGCUCUUGCUAGAGCACCAGGCUAUGUCUUUGGUAACUUUUCAGGAUGGUGGCUGGGUGAGGCAGACAACCGCAAGUGGGAGCCAUACAUCAUGCCAGAGAGGUGGGACAUGGAACUGAAGGCUGCAGGCUUCACCGGUACUGAUGUAGUUGUUUACGAUGCAGAGGCACCUUUCCAGUAUUGUGCGGCAAUCGUCUCACAGCCACAGCCCCAGGAAGCUGUCACUGAACGCCCGGUGGUGAUUCUCUGCAGAAAUCCCAAGGAAGGUAUCACCCUAAGACUCGUCCAAGAGCUAGAGAAUUGCGGUGUCCAAGUCACCACAACAGCUUUUGGGGACAUGCUUCCUCACAAUUCAGAUAUCAUAAGUACACUGGAUCUGGAAGGACGAUUCUUCGAAGAUAUCGCUAAAGCGGACUUCAUAGCAUUCCAAGAAAUCCUUAGGCAAUAUGAAGACCAAAAGAUGCUUUGGUUGAUGCCACCGACACAAGUGGCCUGCGAAAAUCCGCGCUCUGGACAAACUAUUGGUACGUUUCGAGUGGCUCGUGCCGAGCUUGCAAUCCCCAUACACACUCUGGAGAUUGAUGAAUCGGAGAGCGAAUUUGCUACCCUGGUCAUGAAGGUGUUCCAAAAGGUGCGCACGCGCGAGGAUAACGAUAUCAUUGCUCCGGACAAGGAAUAUGCCGUUGAUAAGGGUGUUAUAAAGAUUGGCAGGUACCAGCCUUUCUCUCUUGAGGAAGAAGUUGGCGAAAAGGGUUGUGCCUCUUCUGGUAAUGCCCAAACUCUUGUCAUAGGCAAGCCAGGUCUGCUGGAUACUCUUGCAUGGGUCGAAGAAAGUAUAUCUGACGUUGGGGACAAUCAAGUUGAAAUUGAAGUUCGUGCUGUGGGUUUGAAUUUCCGAGAUAUCAUGGUAGCUAUGGGUGUUCUCAAGUUUGGAUCUAAGAGCGUGUCUCUGGGCCUGGAGCUGACGGGAGUUGUUAGCAAAGUUGGGGCUGACGUGAAAAACGUUGUUGUUGGGGAUCAUGUGUGUGGUGUUGCGAUGGAAGGAUGUUUCUCGACUCGCGCUAUUCUCUUGAGCUCCCUCGUAGUCAGGAUACCCGAUUCGUUGGGCUUUGAGGAGGGCGCCACCAUGCCCGCAUGUUACACAACGGCGGUACAAGCUCUACUUGAUGUCGGUCAAAUGAAGAGCGGCCAGACAGUCUUGAUCCAUUCAGCAUGUGGAGGCAUUGGUCAUGCCGCCAUCGACCUGUGUAAGAUGGUAGGAGCCGAGAUCUACUGUACCGUGGGCAAUGAAGAUAAGGCGAAUUACCUCGUCGAAAAACUCAACAUACCAAGGGAGCGAAUCUUUGACUCCAGAAACGAUUCUUUCCUGGCAGGGGUUCUCGAUGCAACUGGUGGCCAAGGUGUCGACAUCGUCCUCAACUCUCUAUCAGGAGAGCUUUUGCAUGCAUCAUGGAGAUGUGUUGCCGAGUUUGGUAAACUCAUCGAACUCGGGAAGAGAGAUCUCGUGGGCUAUGGGAAACUCGAUUUGGAACCAUUUUUGGCAAACAGAUCGUACUGCUGUGUCGACCUCGCGCACGCAAUGAAGAAGCGCCCAGAAACAGUCGGAGCUACAAUUGAGAGAUGGGUCAGCAUGUUCUCGCAAGGGCUUAUCACACCAAUUCCAAUGACCGUCUUUGACGCCAAAGAUAUCUCAAGCAGUUUCCGUCACCUCCAAAAAGGUGAUCACAUUGGAAAGGCGGUCAUCAGGAUCCCCGCGCAGAUCUCUGACAUCCCCAGUAAGCCAAAGGGGAAAGUUUUUAGCUUGAAUCCAGAUGCUUCAUACCUGCUCACUGGUGGUCUUGGUGGUCUUGGGAGGUCGGUGGCAACCUGGAUGGUAGAACGUGGAGCUCGUAAUCUCAUUUUUCUUUCUCGAAGUGCGGGUCAGGGGGAGCAUGACAGCUCAUUCUUGUCCGAAUUGGAAAGUAUGGGAUGCAAGAUCACAGCAAUCCAAGGUAAAGCAGAUGAUAUCCAAGCCGUUCAGGAAGUGGCCAGCAGAGCAACAAAACCAGUCAAAGGAAUCUUCCAUCUUGCAAUGGUGCUUCGAGACGCUCCAAUUUUGGACAUGACAUACGAGGACUGGACAGAAGCUGUAGUUCCCAAGGUCGAAGGGGCCUGGAACUUGCACAAUACUUUCAAGGAUGAAGAGCUCGACUUCUUCGUCAUGACGAGUUCUCUGGUUACCCUGAUUGAUCAGCCUGGGCAGGGCAACUAUGCAGCAGCAAACACGUUCCUCGAGUCUUUCGUUCAGUAUCGACACCGCCUCGGCUUGCCAGCGUCUGUCUUGGGUGUGUGCCCAGUGGAUGAUAUUGGAUUCGUCGCCGAGAAUCCUCUCAUCAGAAGAAAGCUCAAAUCUCAGGGGUUAUACUUCCUUCCAGAGCGAGAGCUCUUAGAAUAUAUGGAGCUGGCAAUCCUGAACUCUCACCCACCAAAAACGAAGGCGGAAUCUACUUCCAACGACAACAUCUCCUCCUGGAAGUCGAGUGGCCAUAUUGUAAUGGGUCUUAGGUCUGAGGUUCAUCUGAAUCACCCCGAUUGCCAAACCUCUUGGAGGCGUGACCGUCGCAUGGGAAUGUUCCACAACAUAUCUGAAGACACCAAGGGCGACUCCAGCACACUGAAUUCUAAUGCGCUCAAGUCGUUCCUUGCUAGAGCCGCCUUGGAUCCUGAGAUCCUGGGGGUGACGGCCAAUGCCGAGUAUUUGGCAGACGAGAUUGGUGCAAGGAUUUUCAGAUUCAUGAUGAAAGAAGAGGAAGAUAUCGAUACAUCAAUGACCCUGAAUCAGAUCGGUAUGGACAGCUUGAUGGCUAUUGAGCUGAGGAGAUGGUGGAAACAAACUUUUGGUCUGGAUAUAAGCGUGCUGGAGAUCAUGAAUUCUGGUUCACUUAUUGGAUUGGGCCAGGCAGCGUGCGAUGGAUUGAGAAAGAAGAUGGCCAAGUAG